AUGGGAUUAAUUUCACUUCUGAUAGUGUUAGCAUUACUGCUUGGUUUUGGGAAAAAGAUUAUCAAGUUCAUUGCAUCCAGAAUCUGCUCACCAAACCCGUUUAAGAAAAACACGUGUACCAACGUCAAGGCCAAAGUCACGGAUCAAAAGCAGCGAGAUGCUGUUCUUAAGCAAGGUUUCAGUCUAGACAAAGUUCCAGAGAAUUUGGAUGCCAUUGUGAUAGGGAGUGGGGUAGGGGGACUGUCUGUAGCGGCACUCAUGGCAAAGUCUGGAAAGAAAGUUUUAGUUCUGGAACAACAUGAUCAGGCUGGUGGUUGUUGCCACACAUACAUAGACAAAGGCUACGAGUUUGAUGUAGGCAUCCACUAUGUUGGCGAGAUGGCUACCCAGACUGUAUGCAAGACGUAUCUUGAUCAGAUCACAAAUGGUCAACUGGAAUGGGCACCAAUGCGUGAUGACUAUGAUGAUGUAGUAUUUGCUGAGAAAGAUCAAGAGCCACGCAAAUAUCCAGUGUUCAGUGGCAGGGGCAGAUGGAAGCAAUAUCUCAAGAAAACAUUCCCAGCAGACGAAAAAAAUAUUGACAAAUUCUUCAAGAUGAUGGAUGAGGUUCAUCCGGAAAUUUUCAAAUCAGCAUUUGUGAAGUUUAUUCCACUGUGGGCAGUAUGGCUGCUGAGAGUUACUGGACUUCUCAAGUGUUUUACCAGUUUCUACGAGUGGGAAAACAAGACGUGCAAGGAAAUUGUAUGGGGACUGACGAAGGAUCAGGAGCUGCGUGAUAUCCUCUGCUAUGGUUUUGGUGACUUUGGUACGCCCCCGAGCAUGACUGGCUUCCCAAUGCAGACAUACCUAUACAAACACUUCGAAGAGGGUAGUUCAUACCCUGUUGGAGGAGCAUCAGAAAUUCCCUUUCAUAUUAUUCCGGUGAUUGAGGCUGCAGGUGGCAAGGUUCUCGUUCGUGCCGAGGUAACCCAAAUUAUUAUUGAUGGAAAAGGUCGAGCAUGUGGAGUUAAGGUGAGGAAAGGAAAAGAACUGGUGAAUGUAACAGCUCCUCUGAUCAUCUCUGAUGCAGGUGUGCACAACACAUUCGAGCGGCUCCUCCCUCUGGAGGUUGCAUCUUCAUCUCGUUUCUGGCCAUUAGUACAGACGGCAAAACAUGGUCCUGGGUCUUUGUACGUCUUUGUGGGGAUGAACUGUGAUGCUGAUGAACUUGAUAUUCUGAAGAGAAAGAAUGCCUGGGUUUUUACUGGUAGUGACAUCGACAAGGUGACUGUGGAUUAUUGGAAUCUUAGCCGGGAAGAAGCUCUUGAUGCAGAAAUUCCUCAUCUGUUCGUCUCCUUCCCCUCUACCAAAGAUCCUGAUUGGAAACAGAAAUUCCCUUGCAAGACAACUAUGGCUCUGGUCAUACUGAUGCCAUAUCGUUGGAUGGAAGAGUGGGAAAAUAAACGCGUGAUGAAGCGUGGCGAUGAGUACGAAUCAAUAAAGAAGACUUUUGCCCACAAGGCUCUUGAAAAAGCCUGUGAGCUGUUUCCAUCAAUCAGGGACCAUAUUGACUACGUAAACAUUGGCACUCCGUUGUCCAACCGAUAUUAUUUUGGUGCACAACGGGGCGAGGUCUGUGGGCUGGACCACACUACGGAAAGAUUCUCCCUUCAGAGUAAUGCAAUACUUAGACCACAAACUGAUGUUCCAGGACUUUACUUAACAGGCCAGGAUAUAUGUUGCGGUGGUCUUGCUGGCGCCAUGUGGGGUGGACUUCUGUGUGCGUCUUCCAUCUUACUGCGUAAUGUCAAGAGUGAUCUAGAACGUCUCCACCAGAUUAUACAAGAUGAGAAAAAAGCAAAGGCCAAGUUUAGAUAAAUUUAUCAACAGUACUGAAUUUAAGUUAAUUAGAACUAGUAUUUGGAAACGUCUAUGGACUAUGUGGUAAGAGAUUGAAGUACUUUAUUGCUUUAUUAAACAAAACUUUGUAAGACUGGCAAAUGCUUGAUAUCGAAAAAUGCAAGACCUUGCAUGUGGGGCAUAACAAUGCACAUCACAACUACCAAAUCAACAACAUUAUCUUGUAGCAGAUUGCUAAAGGAAGGAACCUUGGAAUCAGAGUCCACCAAUCACUGAAAGUUGCACAAGUGGGAACUGCAAAAAAAAACAAAGGAUAGUCAAACAAACCUUUGACUUUAAGGAAAAGAAGGUAGUUAUUCAACUGUGUAAAUCUCUGGUGCGGCCCUCAUAGAUUAUUGUAUCCAAGCUUGGACACCUCAUCGUCAAAUAGACAUAGCUGUCUUGGAGAAAGUUCAACAGUGGGCAACAAAAAUCAUCCCAGAGCUAAGUCGACUAUCAUCCCACAGCUAAGUCGACUAUCAUCCCAGUAACGGUUGAGGGCCUCGGGUCUAACAACACUACAAACCAAGCAUGAGAGGACGGAUCUCAUCGAAACUUUUGAAAUAUUGAACAAUUUCGAGGAUAUUGAUCCAAACCACUUCUUUAAAAGGUCAGGUAUAACACAACAGCAAUGGUGUCAAGUUCAACAAGCCACAAUGUAUGACAAAAAACAGAUUUUUUUCAUCCAUAGGGUUAUAAAUCCAUGGAAAUGCCUAUCUGCCUAAACCGUAAAGGCCAAAACACUGCUACAGUUCAAAAUCCAUCUCGAUAAACCCAUCGGGAUAAAUGCGGGGGGGGGGGGGGCCUUGAAAACCCGUCGGUUUCCUGUUCUGUUCUCGAUACCUUUAGAGAGAUAAGUGGCCUUCAGGUAAAUUCAGGUAAACUGAAAAUAUGCAUUAGUAUAAAUUGGCUGAUCGUUUUAAAUUUAACACUAAGGCAAUGCACGGCAUGUUUAGCACUGUUGUAUUCACAGUUUACCUGAAUUUACCUGAAGGCCAACAUCUCUAGUAGCCUUAAUGAGAACAGGAAGCUGUUGGCCUGUAUAAAGUGCUCUCAUUAUUUUAGAGCAUUUUUGUUGUCCCCUCAACCUUCUAAACUGCAACACGGCCUUGGUAACAAUGUUUCAGGUUCCAGGCACUACUCCAGCGCUCACUAUUUCUAGCUAUUCCUGUGCAUAAAAAAUAAAUUGCUUUUGCCUUUUCAUUCAUUGAUAUGUGAAAACAUUUUGUCAUGUAUCUCAGAUUGUUACAAAAUAUUUGGCAAAUUGAUGCGAUUAAUGUGGAAAAAUCAUUAUCAACCAUAUCCAGUUAUAAAAUGUCUUAUGUAGUACACUGUAGUACAGUAGUCGACGUUCUCGACUUACAAUCGAGAAUUACGGGUUCGAUCCUCAGGCAGGACAAAAAUGGUCAGAUUAUUUUCUUUUCACUUGAUGCCUCUGUUCACCUAGCACAAAUAGGUACCCGGGAGUAAAGCAAUUGUUGUAGGCUGCAUCCUGGGUAAGGUCAGUAGUCUGACCUUGAAAGAGAGAGGGGACACUUCGAUACAAGCUCAAAACAUAUACAUAUUUACAUGCUUCCUGUUCCCAAUAACAGUAGUUAUAAGGUUAUGUUCAAAACAUUGUUCAAAACAUGUCUUAAUAAAAUAUACAAAUACUGCACCUACUAUGUAAACAAUGUAACCUGAUUCUCUUUUUUGUAUAACAUUUGUAAUACAUUAAUAAUAAUAAUAAUCCCCUUCACUGUCUACCCUUGUCUGCGUGAGGGAUGGGGGAGGGAGAGGUCUUGGUGGGUGGCUGCUGGAGUGUGAUGCUCAAUAGCAUGGCAUUACGUGUCCUCUCAGAGCCUUGUG